CUUAGGUCUGUGCGGUCAAACCCAAUGUGGGACACUACUAAGGCUGGGUAACAGUAUAGCAAAGUGACGCUGACUCUGUUUCAGGUGUGUCUGUGUCACAAGUGGGAGGGCAGAGACACAACACACCUCACACCACAUCCUGAACCGUCGCAGCCCCUCAUCAGUGGUUUAGCUUAGCAGGCUACUUAAUUGCACAGCUAUGUUUGCUAUUACGACCACUCUCAUCAGAAGCACCCGGACUGUCCAGUGCGCACGGCUGCUCCAUUGCUCCACAGUCGCUAAAAUGCCGAUUCAGGUUGGUGAACAUCUGCCAGCAGUGGAGGUCCAGGAGGGAGAGCCAGGAAAUAAAGUGGCCAUGGAUCAGCUUUUCAAGGGGAAGAAAGGUGUUCUCUUUGCUGUGCCUGGAGCUUUUACUCCCGGCUGUUCUAAGACUCAUCUCCCAGGUUUUGUGCAGCAGGCGGAGGAGUUGAAGACUAAAGGUGUAGAGGAGCUUGCCUGCAUUUCUGUCAAUGAUGCGUUUGUCAUGGCUAGCUGGGGAAAGGAUCAAGGAGCAGAUGGAAAGGUCAGAAUGCUGGCUGAUCCCACUGGAGCAUUUACAAAGGCAGUUGACUUGUUACUUGACAGUGAUCAGGUCGAGCAGGUACUUGGGAACAAGCGAUCCAAAAGAUAUUCUAUGCUUGUGGAGGACGGUGUUGUGAAGAAGAUCAAUGUGGAGCCUGAUGGCACUGGGCUGACCUGCAGUCUGGUUUCUAAUGUUUUGUCUGACCUGUAGGUUUGUGAAGGCUCAUUCAAACCUAAAUGGCUUGCGUUAAGUUGCACUAACUGAGCUCAUCUUCAACCUGUUCAACUUUCCUUUUCUCCCAAAGACGGAUGCAAAUGUCAUAUGUAUGCUAGUAUCAACUGAGAGCUGGAGAGUAAUAAUACGCACAACUCUAUUAUGAAUAGCAAUCCAAGUAUGGUGCACCCUCUGUAUACUGUUAUUUGUGAUAGCAGAAUAAGUAUUUAAUAAAAUUCACCCUGAAAGCAAGAAACACUGUUUGCCUAUAA